UAUGGAAUUGGAGGAAUCGGGCGGGCGGGCAGUCUAACCGAGGGAGUCAAUAGGCGCACAAACAACUAGUCCCGACAAGCAAUCGACUCCACCCAACUGACGUCGACAAAGGCGGCGUCCGUCCAUCACGAUUCCGACUCGACAACGACGACAGCAACAGCAGCACCCCUCUAUCGCCCCACCUCACUCGCGACUUAUCUCUAUCUCUUCUUCUGUAUCUUCUCCCCCAACCCAGAGAACAUGAACACCACCCGCACAACAGCACACACGACCACCUCGACACAGCCGCGCACAUAGCCCGGACACACUCAGCUCUUGCCACCCAGCCCCGACCUCGCCCCCGCGCGCCCUGAGCGGCGCAGCCUACCACCACCCCGCCCCCCCCGCACCACGACCGUUCGCGGCCUGUCUCCGCCUCGGCCGACGACGACAACGACGACGAGUACGAGGGUUCUCGCUACCAGCUAGUCGAGUCGACCUGCUCGCUCGACACGACAGUACACCCACCAAACCCAUCUCGACUUGACCAUCGCUCUCUGAGCUCCACCCACCGGCCAGACACCUCAGCACCCACUCUGCCCGAUAACCACCCGACGACAUGACGAUAACGAUCCCCUCGCCCCCGGGGUACUCGUCCCCGUAUGCGGCCUACUCCACCUCGCCGCUCCGCUCCUCGCCCCUCUCCCAGCCCCCCAUCACGCCCGGGCUCAAGGCCAAGCGCUGCAAGUCGUCAUCGGCGGGCACAGCGGCCGGCGUGCCCAUCCCGUCCCGCCGGCGCCCGUCCGCAUCGACGACGCACCUCACGCCGUCGCCUUCGGCGCGCACGCCGCCGUCGCCCUCCGCCCUGUCGGCCACCACGCCGUCCCCGUCGUCCCUCUCCCGCUCGCACCCCCUGCUCGGGAGCUACCAGCUCUCGCUGCUCCACUCGCGCAUGUCGCAGCACGCGCCGCAUGCGACCGACCGCUUCGGCCUGCAGCUGCGCGCGAUGGGCCGCGGCGCCGGGUGCCCCGCUGCCCUGCGCGCGCCUGCGCCCAUUAGCCUCCCGCUAGCCGCGACGUACUACGACCUCGCGGGCGGCGCGGACGAAGCAGCGCCCAAGGCUGCUGGCGCCGCGGCCCACACGCCGUGGGUCGCAGACGUCGACGUCGAGGGGUGGUACUUUGACCACUUUGGCGGCGCCGAGAGCUCGACCGCCCCGCCCGCGUUCCCGGGAUACCGUGUCGCCGCGGUCGGCCAACUGCAGAUCCUCGUCCGCACCGCCACCGCCGCAGUCAAGGUGUUUGUGAUUCCGUACGACCUGCGCGAGCUGGACGACGGCGCGCGCCUGCUCGCCCGCGAGCGGACGUACGUGUCCCAGCCUGAGGCGGCGUCAGCGUCGACGACACCGCCUGAGGCGGCGUCAGCGUCGACGACACCGCCCCGAACGCGCGAGUGCCUGCGCUACGCUGUCCAGCUGCAGUUUGCCUGCGCGACAGACAGCGACGGCGAGCGGGGAUACUACGUCGCGCGGACGAUCAAGCUGGUGUUCACCGCGUCCCCGCCGGAACGCGACGCGGCAGUGCGCACUGAGCGCGCAGACGAGGUCGUGCCCGCGCCCGCGCGUUCCCCGCCGACGAAGAAGACGCACGCGCAGCGCUCGUCGUUCUCGCGCACGUCGCUCGGCGGCGCGAACGGCAGGACGAAGGAGGACUGGGCGCUCAUCCGCGCCAAGUGGCUCGCGCGGGUGCCUGCCGCCGACGCGGUGCGCGGGUUCACGCCCGAGCCCGACACGGUGAGAGGGUUCACGCCCGAGCCGGCGUCGCGGCCGACUACGCCGCUCGCGCCGCUUGCGAGCCCGCGCUCGCUGCUCAGCGCGCUCGCGCCGGCCGAGGAGCGCGAAGUGCGCUCGCGGUCCCGCUCGCCGUCUGUCGGCUCGGCCACGUCGCCCGACACACCGCUCGACGGUGCGCGCGCGCGCUUGCGCGCCGCUAGCCCCGUCACGCACCGCCGCAGAAGCCUCCGUGUCGAGCGCGAGCUGUCGGAGCGCCUCCGCGCCAUGGAGCUGGGCAGCUCGGAGCCAGAGCAUGCGCCCGAGUCUCUUGAAUAG